AUGGAGAAAAAACCAGGGUUCUUUUCGGGUUUAAAGGAUGGUGUUGUACGGGGUUUAUCUCCCUCAAGGUCACGCUCAAAGAGUCCUGGUCUGCAUCGCAGGAACAAGAAUAAUCCUGAGUCGUCGGUUCUAAGAUCUGGGAGUCUGAAACCAGUGGGGGAGACUCUGACACCAUUGAUUGAGGGUCCGGAUCCGGAUUGCGGGGAAAUUUGCGAUUCGAAACGGGUUGGGUCGGUCGGACAGUGGGUCAUUGGACAACUAACCCGGAAUCCAUCAGUCUCCACAGUGGCCUCCGAUGGAAAUGGGCACAGUAAGAACUCUGAUAUAAGGUUGUUGCUUGGGGUGAUGGGUGCCCCCCUUGCGCCGGUGCAUGUUAGCACCACUGACCAUUGGCCACAUAUCAGCGUCAAAGACUCUCCUAUUGAAACUUUGUCCGCACAGUACAUAUUGCAACAGUAUACUGCUGCAACUGGAGGGCAAAAGCUCCUGAAUUCUGUUAAGAAUGCUUAUGCCAUGGGCAAGUUGAAAAUGGUAGCUUCAGAAUUUGAAACUGCGACAAAGGUAGUGAAGAACAGGAAUGCUGCUAGAACUGCAGAAUCUGGAGGAUUUGUUCUCUGGCAGAUGAAUCCUGACAUGUGGUAUGUGGAGCUUGCAGUUGGGGGAAGCAAAGUGCAUGCAGGCUGCAACGGCAAGCUUGUCUGGAGACACACACCUUGGCUGGGGGCACACACUGCAAAAGGCCCAGUUAGACCCUUGCGCCGUUCUCUUCAGGGUCUUGAUCCAAGAACCACUGCAAGUAUUUUUGCUCACGCCAUUUGCAUUGGUGAGAAGAAGAUUAAUGGGGAAGAUUGCUUCAUUUUGAAGCUGUCUGCGGACCCUCAGACAUUGAGGGCCAGGAGUGAAGGACUAGCAGAGAUUAUAAGGCAUGCACUCUUUGGUUAUUUCAGCCAGAAGACUGGACUUCUUGUUCACAUGGAGGAUUCGCAUCUUACUCGCAUCCAAUCUAAUGGUGGAGAUGCAGUGUACUGGGAGACUACUAUCAGUUCUUUCCUUGAUGAUUACCAGCCUGUUGAAGGAAUCAUGAUUGCUCACUCUGGGCGUUCUGUGGUGACUCUUUUUCGGUUUGGGGACAUGGCGAUGGGCCAUUCGAAAACCAGGAUGGAAGAAGCUUGGACAAUUGAAGAGGUUGCAUUCAAUGUUCGUGGUCUAUCACUAGAUUGCUUUAUUCCACCGGCUGACUUGAGAUCAGCUUCCAUCAGUGAAGCUCGCGAAUUCCCUCAGGACGAAAGGGAGAAGUUAACAAUUUCCCUUGCAGGUCAUCGGAGGAAAGUAGCUGCUGUGGAGAAAAUUCAUGACGGUGGCAUUGAUAACAUAGUCUGGAAAAUGAAAAUCUAA